AGUAUAUGAUAUGAGUCAGUGGUGCUGACGACAGUGGGACACUGACUGUGUCUCAGAGUCCUCUCCUCCCCUGCCAGACUGAGUUUCCCAGGCUACAUGACAGGCAGCACCUCUUUUAUUCACACAAGCAGCCCAGGAGGCUGGCCUGGUCGGGGCUGGUAGAGGGGGCAGGGCUAUGGUAUGGUAAUGUGCUCAGAGGAAGUGAGCGCAGGGUAGUGGAAUGCUGCUGAGAUUAGUAGUACUGACUGACUGCCUGGGAGUUCAGCUGGCUGAUCAAGUCUGUCAGGACAGCGCUAACCGCUAGCUGCUGAAAGCCUAUCCGGAGAUACUGAGGAUUAUUAGCAUCAGGGCCUAACCAGCGGAUGAAAACAUGCCCCAUUUCACAGUGGUACCGGUGGAGGACAGCGCUACAUCCAACUAUGACAGCCUGGAAGGAAUUAACUGGGUGGACUACAGAGACACAGGACAGGGGGGACACCCUGGACAUCUAGACACUGUCAGCUCUGAUGGCCAUGGAAAUCACAAGGAGGAUAGUCCUUUCCUCAGCAGUGCAGAUGCUGAAAGGAAGACUGAUUUCUAUGACAGGAACCUGGCCUUGUUUGAGGAGGAGUUGGACAUCCGUCCCAAGGUGUCGUCCCUCCUCAGCCGGCUGGUCAAUUACACCAACAUUACCCAGGGGGCCAGGGAGCACGAGGAGGCCGAGAACACAGAGAUGUCACUCAGGAAGGUCCCAAAGUCCCCCAACAUGGGUACCCUGAUGGGAGUCUACCUGCCCUGUCUACAGAACAUCUUUGGUGUCAUCCUGUUCCUUCGUCUAACGUGGAUCGUGGGCACAGCCGGCAUCGUCCAGUCAUUCCUCAUCGUCCUCAUGUGCUGCUCAUGUACAAUGCUCACUGCCAUAUCCAUGAGUGCCAUAGCUACAAAUGGUGUUGUCCCAGCCGGAGGGGCGUACUUCAUGAUCUCUCGUUCCCUGGGUGCUGAGUUUGGGGGGGCUGUAGGAAUCUGUUUCUACCUGGGAACAACCUUUGCUGCUGCCAUGUACAUACUAGGAGCUAUAGAGAUCUUCCUGAAAUACCUGGUUCCCCCGGCGGCCAUCUUCCACGCCAGCGACCACCAUGGGGGCGACAGUGCCAUCCUCAACAACAUGAGGGUGUACGGCACAAUCUGUCUCAGCCUCAUGGCCGUGGUGGUCUUUGUGGGGGUGAAAUACGUCAACAAGCUGGCCUCUCUCUUCCUGGCCUGUGUCAUCAUCUCUAUCGUCUCUAUCUACGCCGGGGCCAUUAAGUCUGUUUUCCAACCGCCCGACUUUUCGAUCUGUAUGUUGGGUAACAGGACACUGGUGAGAGAUCAGUUUGACGUGUGUAGUAAGACGGUUCUAGUGGGCAAUGUGACUGUACCUAGUCAGCUGUGGAGGAACUUCUGUAGCUCUGGCAACAUGAGUAGUCCUCAAUGUGACGACUACUUCAACCAGAACAACGUUACAGAGAUACAGGGAAUACCAGGACUGGCCAGCGGCAUCAUCAGAGAUAACAUGUGGGGAGACUACCUGGAGAAGGGUCAGAUCUUGGAGAAGGCAGGUCUGCCCUCAGUAGACUUCCACGGGGCUGUGGAGAGCGUCGGCCUGUACGUCUCAGCUGACAUCGCUACCUCCUUCACCCUCCUGGUGGGAAUCUUCUUUCCCUCCGCCACAGGUAUCAUGGCAGGCUCCAACAGAUCAGGAGAUCUGAAAGAUGCUCAGAAGUCCAUCCCUAUUGGAACCAUCUUGGCUAUAACCACUACUACCCUUGUCUAUUUCAGCUCUGUGGUUCUGUUUGGGGCCUGUAUUGAAGGAGCGGUCCUAAGGGACAAGUUUGGGGAUGCAGUCAGUAAGAACCUGGUUGUGGGGACUCUGUCCUGGCCCUCCCCCUGGGUCAUCGUGAUUGGCUCCUUCUUCUCCACCGUGGGGGCGGGACUACAGUCCCUGACUGGCGCUCCUCGUCUCCUACAGGCCAUCGCCAAGGACAACAUCAUCCCCUUCCUCAGGGUGUUUGGUCAUGGCAAGGCCAAUGGGGAGCCAACCUGGGCACUAUUACUGACAGGGCUCAUUGCUGAGCUGGGCAUCCUCAUAGCCUCUCUGGACAUGGUGGCCCCCAUCCUCUCCAUGUUCUUCUUGAUGUGCUAUCUGUUUGUGAACUUAGCCUGUGCUGUGCAGACUUUACUACGGACACCAAACUGGAGGCCUAGGUUUAAAUAUUACCACUGGGCUCUGUCUUUUCUGGGUAUGAGUAUGUGUCUGGCUCUGAUGUUCAUCUCCUCCUGGUAUUAUGCCAUUGUGGCCAUGUGCAUCGCUGGCAUGAUCUACAAGUACAUUGAGUACCAGGGAGCGGAGAAGGAGUGGGGAGAUGGGAUACGAGGUUUGUCCCUCAGUGCUGCGCGCUACUCUCUGCUACGGCUGGAGCAUGGACCACCUCACACUAAAAACUGGAGGCCCCAGGUCCUGGUGCUGUUGAAGCUGGAUGAGGACCUCCAUGUGAAGUAUCCCCGUCUGUUGACCUUUGUCUCCCAGCUGAAGGCAGGGAAGGGCCUGACCAUAGUGGGCUCUGUCAUCCAGGGACAGUUCCUGGACAGCUACGGAGAAACACAGGCCUCUGAACAGGCCGUAAAGAACAUGAUGGAGAUCGAGCGGGUGAAGGGUUUCUGCCAGGUGGUUGUGGCGUCCAAGGUGAGGGAGGGCAUUGCCCACCUGAUCCAGUCAUGUGGCCUGGGGGGCAUGAAGCACAACACAGUGGUGAUGGGAUGGCCCUACGGCUGGAGGCAAAGUGAAGACCCCCGCGCAUGGAAGACAUUCAUUCACACAGUCCGCUGUACCACAGCAGCCCACCUGGCUCUGAUGGUGCCCAAGAAUGUUUCCUUCUACCCCAGCAACCACGAACGCUUCACAGACGGCACCAUCGAUGUGUGGUGGAUCGUCCAUGACGGAGGAAUGCUCAUGCUGCUACCUUUCCUGCUCAAACAGCACAAGGUUUGGAGGAAGUGUAAGAUGCGUAUCUUUACUGUGGCCCAGAUGGAUGACAACAGUAUUCAGAUGAAGAAGGACCUGGCUACGUUCCUGUACCAGCUGAGAAUAGAGGCAGAGGUGGAGGUGGUGGAAAUGCAUGACAGCGACAUCUCGGCCUACACGUAUGAGAGGACUCUGAUGAUGGAGCAGAGAUCUCAGAUGCUCAGACAGAUGAGGCUGUCCAGCGCAGAGAGAGAAAGAGAGGCCCAGCUGGUAAAGGACAGACACUCUCUGAUCCGUAUGGGCAGCCUGUACUCAGACGAGGAGGAGGAGGUGGUGGAGCCUGUAGCUGAUAAGAACCAGAUGACCUGGACCAAGGAGAAGUACGAGGCAGAGAGGAGGAACAGGAACAACGCACCAGAGAACUUCAGAGAACUCAUGAGCCUCAAACCGGACCAGUCCAAUGUGCGGCGGAUGCACACAGCAGUGAAGCUGAACGAGGUGAUUGUCAACAAGUCCCAUGAUGCUCGCCUGGUGCUGCUCAACAUGCCGGGGCCGCCACGCAACACAGACGGAGAUGAGAACUAUAUGGAGUUUCUGGAGGUGCUGACAGAAGGUCUAGAGAGAGUGCUGCUGGUGAGAGGAGGAGGACGAGAGGUCAUCACUAUCUACUCCUGACCUAUCAGAAACCACUCGGGUCACAGGUCACGACACUGCCUCGAAAGGAGACAUUCCACCCCGACCACUGGGGGCACUGCAGCACCGGCAGCAGCAUUCAGCCGAUCCUCAACAUACAGUACAUACCAACUGUGCCAAUUAAUGAUGGAAUUAAGAGGACUUUUAUUGUGGUAUUUGAGGACCACAGAAAGCAAUAAUAAUUUGCCUGGCAUUUCUGCGGAAAGUAUUGCCUUCCAUGAGGACAGUAGCCUUUAAAGAUGGCAUGCUAUAAUUCCCUCAUGAAUCCCUUAUUGCCAAGGCAACUAAAGCUUGGGUCAUUCACAAACCUAUUUCUGCAAUAGGAGACCAUUAACAACUGCUACUUUUACACAUACAUCCAUCAAACAUGAAUUUUCUAUGUCGACUGAGUCAGUAUUUUUGUGUUGUUUGCAGAAAAUAAAAUAUGGUGGGCUUUCCCUCAUCAAGGAUUAGCUUGCCAGAUAGCACAGUCUUGGGUGGUCCUUAUGAAGCCAUCUGUGUAGAGUGCCAAUUUUAGUUAUUUUUUCACAACCUUUUUAUGGUUGGUGGAAUAAUAACUUUUGUUAUUUAUUUUCUUAUUUAUUUUCUCAACCUUCCCCCGAUGAGGAUAAGAUUUUUCGUAUUGUAGAUAAUGAAAUGCCAGUUGGGUAUUUAAACAGAUGGCACAGAGAGUGCUUGUAAAUGUAAAUGUGGAUUCCAGAGAUUGUUUUGAAGCAUUAUUUUACUGGAUUAUAAUUUGGAAUUGUUGAAAGAGAAGAUGUUUUAAAUCAUUGACAAUUAUACAUUACAUUUAAUCUGCUAUUUCUGUACAAAAGUCUUUAUUAUAGGCAUGAAGACUACUUACAGGGCCACCUGAACAGAGGAGCAUAUGCACACAUUUCCUUUUCUUUCCUGUAGACUGCAAGAGCUGUAAAGGCAGAGUAUUUAACUGAACUUAGCAAUAAAAUCAUGAUUCAUUUCCCUAUUCAACCAGAAUUGAACUAUCUUGACUUCAGAUAUAUCAAUGUGUUCAUAAAAUAAGAUGGUAGAAAAACAGAAAACUCAAAGCAUUAUUUACUUAAGAGAAAGGCGAAAUAAAUACGAUAUAACCUAUGAAUACAGAAUACAACAUUCCUGAGAUGACUGUAGGAGGCAUUACAGUAUGUUAACAUGUUGCAUACUGUUUCACUGUACACCCUUGUGAGGAAAUGUUACAUUAAUGUUCAUUUUAAGAUGAAAUCGUCUUUCUAUGAAACAGUGUCAUUGUGAAACUCAAGUUUGUCUGAUGGACAUCAAGAUCUGUGUCCUCAGAGAAAUAAAGAUAGUUUGUAAAUUC